AUGGGCGACCACUACGGUACGCUUGGGGUGCGGCCCGACGCUACCAAGGCCGAGGUCAAGGCCGCCUUCCGCCGCCGCGCCCUGCGCGACCACCCCGACCGCCACGCUCAAUCCGGCGACGCCGGUGCCCGAGCCGAAGCCGCGGCGCGCUUCCGCCAGGCCUCCGACGCCUACCACGUCCUCUCCGACGACCAAAGGAGGGCCGAGUACGACCUCCGUCUCCGCUCUUCCUCCUAUGUCCGCACAUCCUCCUCCACCUGGGCCUCCUCCUCGGGUUCGCACGGCUACGGCUACGGGCACAGAGAAAGUUCUUGGCGGCGGCCGCCUCCGGGAGGCGGAGGCGCAUCGGUGGGAUACGAUUGGGGCUUGUUGCUGAAGGCGAUGACUCGGCGAAGGUUCCUUCUCAAUCUCGGCUUCUCCAGUGUAUUGCUUUCUGGUGCAGCUUUUCUUGAUGGAAGUAUUCUGGAACUCUGGAACAUGAAUAACUCUGGGAAAUCAUUUGAAGAAGCAAUGGAGUCGAUUGAGAAGGUAAAAGGGGGAAAGGGGAAUAGGUAG